AUGGUCGGCUCACAAGGUUUCAUCCGACAGGAUAUCGUUUUCGCAAUUAUAUGCGAGCGAGUUGAUGAGCUAUAUCCAUGGCAUGAUAUUCCUGGAGGCAUUAUGGAAUUGGAACGAGAAGACUGCUACUAUAGCCAUUUAUUUGAUCCAGUUGUGGAUACAGAAUCAUUGUAUACAUGUCGACCGCGAGAAUACAUAUCUGGUAUUACCAGAUUGUCAGACACCAGGGUACAGGUGCUGUGUUGUCGUUUACGAACACGAGAUGAAGCAAACUGUAGAGAGAAAGAGUUCCCUAAACCAAUUGGAUCCGAUCCCCGGACGGAAGUAUAUCACCACAAGCAACUUAUCAAUUCAAUUGCUGUCGAAGGGAAUAAUUACAGAGUGCGAUUCUGCGAUCUUACUCCAAGAACUAUCGGUCUAAUCUACGAUGACUUACCUGUGACACCUGCUAUCACCAUCGAAAUUCCAAAGAAUGGCGAGCAUCAUGUUUCAGAAGCAGAAAGUGACAUGUCGAAUACAGCAGCGGUCAAAAAGAAGUCACACACUACGAGUGGACGUGUGACAUCACAAACUGCAACAGUACCAUCAGUGACCAAGCACGUUAUCCAAAUAUUUCGACCGAGUUCCUCACACAACUUUGAAGAUCAGAAUAUGCGAAAUAUGAGCAUUCUUUCAUCGGCUAAGAACGAUCAUUCUCAAGACAUUGAGUCAUCAUUGGAAGUGCAACGAACAUCUGGAGGGAAAUUUUCAACUGUUACGGAUAGAGUUGUCAAAGAAGGAGAUCGAAGUACUACGGAUUGGAUGACCGAUAAAACAAACAAGCAAAACUCCGCAGUACCCACCAUUUCUUUUAUUCCGAUAGGCGUUACGCAGAAUCAUUCUACUACACCCAAACAAGUCAUUUCAAAUGAUCGUGAUCGAACAACAGCAUUAUUGUCUUACAUUGCUGCAUCUUCAUUACAAACUACAACUUCUGCAUCGCUAAUUCUUUUGAAACCUUUGAGUUCUAAAGGACAGUAUACUGAAGCCACUCCAAGAAGCAGAUUCAAGCAGUCUGCAACAAAAACAAGCACAAGGCGACGGAUGAAACAGACGUUAAGUCCGACCAUUUCUACCACUUCGAAUAUGUCCCAAUUAAAAGAAACAUCAACCCAUCUUAAAGAACCUGAACAUACAACAGAAAGCCAUUCUUUAUCCAGCGGUCAAUUGCGCCGUGAUUCUUCUAGUAGAACACACAUCGAUGAAGAAAUCAAGUAUUCUCCAUUCGAGAACAAGCACAAUAAUCCUCGGCGUGAUAAUGAGGCUUUUGAAUCAGAUCAUUCUUUUUCUCUUACCUCAUCUAAUCCUCUCGACAUGACUACAUCGGUGGAAAGAGGUGGCUUUUCAUACAAAAUUUCAAAUGAAAUUCGUCGUGCUCCAAUUAAAUCACUUCGGAAGCAAGUUGGAGUCGCAUAUAGUGAAUUCAAAGGUUUUCCAAACAAGCAAACGAACAAGGUGGACCACGAAUUUAACUUCCCAUCAUUUGGUGACGAAAAUAUCGAUGAUGUUGGUAUGGAUUACACUGAAUAUGACCUCCCGAUGAAAAAAUCUGCUGAUGGCAGUCGCACUUAUGUACCAGAAAAUCAUGAACCAUUGAACGCUCCAGCAGCAGCAACAGUGUACGAUGCAGGUAACCAGAAUAAUGUUUCCGGGAGUGCGGAGAGAAAAAAGAAGAAAAUUCAGCAACACAUUCAGGAAAACGAUCAGGAAUUGAGAGAUGAUGUAAUCAAGGAAUUGCUGCCAAUGAAUGAUGAUAAGAUUAAUUUAGUCCCAGUGGAUGCGUAUACUUCAUUUUCGGUGAAACCAUCCUCGACAGUAUUAAAUGAAGAAGAUGAAUUAAAAUAUCCUGCCACGAACUUUAGCCAUUCUGAGAAGACUACAGAAAACGUUUAUAAUCCAAUAAAAUUCUAUCGUACACCACCACCGAAACGGCCAACUCAGACAGAAAAAGUAUUAACCUUUUGCACAAAGGAGAUAGCAAUUCGUGAUCGACACAAUUUAGUGAUUGCUUGUGGUAGUGAAACGGAAAUUUGGCAGCCAUUUCGGUGUCCGGAAGGAAGUGAGUGUUUCUUUUCAUCUGAUUCCAGUUAUCGGAUCUGUUGUGCUGUGGCGGAAGCUGUCCGCUAUGCUCAGUGA